AAUAAAUAAGGCAUUAUGUUAAGUGAUUAAAAAAUAUAAAAUAAUAUAAUGGUAUUGCGAAAAUAUUUUAUAAUUUGCCUUGAUCCACCAACUCGUCACCGCGAACCUCACAGUCUCCAACCCCCAGUCCUUACAUAAGUCCAUCAAUCCCAUUCAAUUGCGCUCAUGCAAGCGGAGAAAGCUAGGCAGCUCACUUCUAACAACCACGAACAACUCUGUUUUGUACAGAGCAGCCAAACAACACCCAAUACCAACCCCACACAAACCUCACACGCCGCCACAAUGGUGCAGCACGGCCACAUCCUCCUCCUGACUUUUCCGGCACAAGGCCACAUCAACCCUUCUCUCCAAUUCGCCAAGCGUCUCAUUAACAUGGGUCUCCAGGUCACCUUCGCCACCAGCGUCUUCGCCCAACGCCGCAUCUCCAAAACCACUGGAACCACAGCCAAGGGCUUGAAGUUCGCCGCCUUUUCCGACGGCUACGAUGAUGGGUUCCAACCAGGAAACGAUGUACAACACAAGUUCUCCGAGAUCAGAAUCAACAGCUCUCUUGCCAUCAGAGAAAUCAUCGCCGCUAGCGCCGCCGAAGGCCGCCCGGUCACCUGCUUGGUCUACACUCUCCUCCUCCCUUGGGCGGCGAAGGUGGCGCGUGAUUGUCACAUCCCAUCAGCUCUUCUCUGGAUUCAACCUGCCACAGUUUUAGACAUAUACUACUAUUACUUCAAUGGUUAUAAAGAGGUGAUUACAAAAAAUUGCAAUGGCAAAGACUCUUCUUCUUCAUGUUCAAUUGAAUUACCAGGAUUGCCAUUGCUCACUAGCCAUGACCUUCCUUCCUUUCUAUUCUCUUCAAGCUCAGAUAUAUACAGUUUGUCACUCCCGACCUUCAAAGAGCAUAUAGAAACACUUGAUGCAGAAACAAGCCCCAAAGUUCUUGUAAACACAUUCGAUGCAUUAGAACCCGAGGGCUUGAAAGCUAUUGGAAAGUACAAUUUGAUCGGAAUUGGACCCUUAAUCCCAUCGGUUUUCUUGGAUGGGAAAGACCCAUCAGACACUUCUUUUAAAGGGGACCUAUUUCAUGCAUCUGGAAACUACAUCGAAUGGUUGAGCUCGAAGCCCAAAUCAUCGGUUGUUUACGUGUCUUUUGGAAGCCUAUUAGUGUUGCCAAUGCCAAAGCGACAAAUGGAGGAGAUUGGUUGUGGUUUACUGGAAAGUCAUAGGCCAUUCUUGUGGGUGAUGAGAGGAGAAGAAGAAAAAGUAGAAGAAGAUAGAUUAAGUUGCAUUGAAGAAUUGAAGCAACAAGGGAUGAUAGUGCCAUGGUGUUCUCAAUUAGAAGUUCUUUCGCACCCGUCAUUGGGAUGUUUUGUGACACAUUGUGGUUGGAAUUCGACGUUGGAGAGCUUCGCUUCUGGGGUUCCUAUGGUGGCGUUUCCUCAAUGGACGGACCAAUGGACGAAUGCGAAGCUGGUGGAAGAUGUGUGGAAGACUGGAGUGAGAGUGAGGAGAAAUGAAGAAGGAAUAGUUGAGGGUGAUGAGAUUAAGAGGUGCAUAGAGAUGGUGAUGGAAGAUGGAGUGAGAGGGGAACAAAUGAGGAGGAAUGCAAAGAAAUGGGGAGAUUUGGGAAGGGAAGCUGUCAAGAAAGCUGGGUCCUCCAACAAAAAUCUCAUGUCUUUUGUGGAGGAGGUUGGAGGAGAUUGCUUAUAGAGGGAAAAUGUUUGAAAAAAGUUUGCUUAUUGAAGAAAUGUAUGUGUUCUUCUUUUUUUUUUGGUUAUGAUUGUAUGAGUGAGAUUAACAUGGUUCAAGAGAGAUGUUUUCCACAAUUGAAUUUGGUCAUGAAUCAUGAUUGGUUCUUCCAUUUAGCA